UCAGGACCAUGGAUAGUACUGAUCUUUUCAGCACUCCCGAGGUGGCUCCAGAGGAAGUGUAGGUCAGAUCUGGGGUCUGGGUGAGGUUUCCAACCAGCUCCUGGCUGCUCCAAUGGGGCGGGGGCCGCCUGCAGGGCCGGGCGGGGCUGUGCUGCCAUCUGGAGCCGCUGCUGCCAGCGGCCACUGUCAGGGCGCGAGCAGCGGAGCGCACACAGGGCUGGAGAGAGCACCGCUGCCUUGGCACAUGGGCCGUCCUCACCCCUAGCUCAGGUGGCUGGGGUCUCGCAGCCAACCCCCACCCCCACCCCCGCGACUUUGGCCACUGGACCAGCCAUGUCUCUCAGCGGAGCCUCGGAGCGCAACGUCCCGGCCACCAAGAUUGAAAUUACUGUGUCGUGCCGAAAUCUGCUAGACCUGGACACCUUCUCCAAGUCGGACCCCAUGGUGGUGCUUCACACGCAGAGCCGGGCCAGCCAGGAGUGGCGGGAGUUCGGACGAACGGAGGUGAUUGACAACACUCUGAACCCAGACUUCGUGCGCAAAUUCGUCCUCGACUAUUUCUUUGAAGAAAAGCAGAAUCUCCGCUUCGAUGUGUACAACGUUGACUCCAAAGCCAACAUCUCCAAACCGAAGGACUUCUUGGGACAAGCGUUUCUGGCCCUUGGAGAAGUGAUUGGAGGCCAGGGCAGUCGAGUGGAACGACCUCUCACGGGUGUGCCGGGCAAGAAGUGUGGAACCAUACUGCUGACUGCUGAAGAGCUCAGCAACUGUCGGGACAUUGCAACCAUGCAACUGUGUGCAAACAAGCUGGACAAAAAGGACUUCUUUGGGAAGUCAGACCCUUUCCUUGUGUUCUACAGAAGCAAUGAGGAUGGCACGUUCACCAUCUGCCACAAGACAGAGGUUGUGAAAAACACACUGAACCCAGUAUGGCAGCCCUUCAGCAUCCCUGUGCGGGCGCUCUGCAAUGGAGACUAUGACAGAACAGUGAAGAUUGACGUGUAUGAUUGGGACCGAGAUGGAAGCCAUGAUUUCAUCGGCGAGUUCACAACCAGCUACCGGGAGUUGAGCAAAGCCCAGAAUCAGUUCACAGUGUAUGAGGUACUUAACCCUCGGAAGAAAUGCAAGAAGAAGAAAUAUACCAACUCGGGGACCGUGACACUCCUUUCCUUCUCUGUGGACUCAGAAUUCACUUUUGUGGAUUAUAUCAAAGGAGGGACACAGUUGAACUUCACAGUAGCUAUUGACUUCACUGCUUCCAAUGGGAACCCCCUGCAGCCCACCUCGCUACACUACAUGAGCCCCUACCAGCUCAGCGCCUAUGCCAUGGCCCUCAAGGCAGUGGGAGAGAUCAUUCAAGACUACGACAGUGACAAGCUCUUCCCAGCCUAUGGCUUUGGAGCCAAGCUGCCCCCAGAGGGGCGGAUCUCUCACCAAUUCCCCCUGAACAACAAUGAUGAGGACCCCAACUGUGCAGGUAUUGAGGGCGUGCUGGAGAGUUACUUCCAGAGUCUGCGCACAGUACAGCUCUACGGGCCCACCUACUUCGCUCCUGUCAUCAACCAGGUGGCCAGGGCUGCAGCCAAGAUUUCAGAUGGUUCCCAGUACUACGUGCUGCUCAUUAUCACUGAUGGCGUCAUCUCCGAUAUGACACAGACCAAAGAGGCCAUUGUCAGUGCCUCCUCACUGCCCAUGUCUAUCAUCAUUGUCGGCGUUGGACCUGCUAUGUUUGAGGCAAUGGAAGAACUGGACGGUGAUGAUGUACGUGUGUCCUCCAGGGGACGCUAUGCAGAGCGGGACAUCGUUCAGUUUGUUCCCUUCCGAGAUUAUGUGGACCGAUCGGGGAACCAGGUGCUGAGCAUGGCACGACUGGCCAAGGAUGUGCUGGCUGAGAUUCCUGAGCAGCUGCUGUCCUACAUGCGCACCAGAGAUAUCCAGCCGCGGCCUCCACCCCCGGCCAACCCCAGCACAGCCUCAGCCCCAGAGCAGCCCUGAGGACUCCACACAUCCAAUGCUUAGCAGUCUGCUUACCUGCCCACCCACUGGAAGCUAAAGGCACCUGGAGAGAGAUCUGGACCUCCCCAGAAGAGCCAGCUAGGUUGAUCAGUGCUGGCUGACAAGCUUUCUGCCCCCUGACUACAGAAAGGCCUGGCAUGAUCACCACCUACCUGCCUCAUGCCAAUAAUAAAGCUGA